AUGGAAACAAUUCCAUCGGAUCCGGUCCAGUCUACCGAAGAAAGUCGUUGUGAGGAGCUGUACGCUGCAACGACUACGCGCGAUUCAUCAGGAAGGUACGUUGUGCGUCUCCCACGGGUUGAAGAUCCCGAAAUCAUGCUCGGAGAAUCGAGAUCAAUAGCAGAUCGACGCUUUCUGAGCUUGGAACGUCGACUCGAGCGAGAUCCUGCGACCAAGGACUCGUAUCAUAGGUUCAUGGAGGAGUAUCUGCAACUUGGGCACAUGAAGAAGGUGGAAGAGCCUGUAGAUGACCACAUUCAACACUGCUAUAUUCCACAUCACGUCGUAUUCAAGGAAUCCAGUACGACCACGAACGUCAGGCAAGAUCUCUACUCGAUCUAUUUGAGAUUCCGGACAAGAGUUGUCGCCAUCGUAGCAGAUGUCGAGAAGAUGUAUCGACAAGUGCUGCAUCAUCUGAUCGACCUAGUAUUCUUCCGCAUACGAUAUCGUAGAAGUCCUACCGAUCCAAUCGCCACAUACGAACUACAAACUGUCACCUACGGAACAGCAAGCGCUCCUUAUUUGGCAACGAAGACAUUUCAGCAGAUCGCGAAGGAUCAUGAGCAUUUGUAUCCCGCUGCAGUCAACUCGGUUGUUGAAGAUUUCUACGUCGACGAUCUUUUGUCUGGAGCAUCGGAUGUGGAAGCUGCGAUUAUUCUCCGCCGAGAAAUCACUGCCAUGCUUAGUUACGCUGGGUUCAUGCUGAAGAAGUGGGCGUCGAAUGCCCAUGAAGUGCUAGAGGAUGUUCCACCAGAGGAUCUUGCAAUUCAGCCUAUCCAUGAUCUACAGGAUGAGCAGACAAUCUCCACACUUGGUCUACUUUGGGAGCCAACCGCCGAUAUGCUACGGUUCAAGGUUGAAUUACCUCUUCCUGCUGCCAUCCUUAUAAAGCGGAAAGUGAUGUCGUAUAUAGCUCAAAUAUUCGACCCACUGGGAUUAUUGGGUCCAACGACAACCAAGGCAAAACUCUUCAUGCAACAUUUGUGGACGUUGAUGCGCAAUGGUGUUUCCUGUGAAUGGGAUUCUCCACUACCAGAGAAACUUCAAGCCGAUUGGAAGCAGUUUCACUCUACCCUCCACAUUCUCGCUGAUAUCCGUAUUCCUCCAUUGGUGUUGGCUUCCGGAGUCAACAAUAUCCAGCUGCAUUUCUUCGCCGAUGCAUCCUCCAUUGCAUACGUACCGUGCUUCAGUGGUUGGUCUCCAAAUCGCUGGAAGACAUUCGUCGCCAAUCGCGUGUCUAAGAUCCAGACCACCACGGAUAUCAAUCACUGGAGACACAUCGCAGGCUUAGAGAAUCCUGCGGACGAUAUUUCUCGUGGCCUGAAUCCAACGGAUAUUCUGCACCGUUAUCGGUGGUGGCAUGGCCCACCAUGGUUGUCGCAGACUCGCGAUCUCUGGCCCAAGACCAUCAUCGAUCAGGAGUACUCCCCCGCAGCGUCCGAGGAAGGGCGCAAAAUUCCGAUUGUUGCAAUGACUACUGCACAAGCAACUCUCUGUGAGGAUUUGUUCGCACGGUACUCCAGCUACAGCAAACUACGCCGAGUCUUGGCAUUCUGCGAACGCUAUCUACAGUGCCUGAAAGAUCGUUCUAUCCUGCGCAAAUCCGAUCCCAGUUUCGCUGAUCUACUCUCCGAUCUUGCAAAUGGCGAACGUGUCAUUAAGUCAUCUUCACUCAAAUGGCUGAACCCGUUCGUAGACCAAAACGAUAUCAUCCGCGUCGGUGGUCGUAUCCGUAACGCCGCGUUAUCCGACGCAAUCAAACACCCGAUUGUUCUGUCCGCUAAACAUCCGCUGUCUGCUCUGCUGGCUAGCAGUUACCACCAAAAGCUACUGCAUGCAGGUCCACAACUCCUGCUAGCAACUCUCCGCCAGAAGUUUUGGAUUCUGGGCGGCAGAAACCUCAUAAAAUCCGUCUUCCACCAAUGCCACACUUGUUUUAGAAGCAAGCCAACUCUAGUCCAGCAGAGCACAGCCGAUCUGCCGGUAUCGCGAGUUUCGCCGACGCGUCCGUUUUCCGUGUGCGGUAUCGACUACUGUGGACCGUUCUACAUCAAGUCAGCAGUUCGAAAGCGUGGUCCUACGAAAAUCUACGUGGCCAUAUUCGUUUGCUUCUCAACCAAAGCUGUUCACAUCGAGUUAGUGAGCGAUUUGUCAACUCCUGCGUUCCUAGCUGCACUACGCGUCUAG